AUGCCUUACACAAUCACCGCAUCCUUAUGGCGUGAGCCUGGAACCACCCCGGAAUUCUUCAAAAAUUACUACAAAACAAAAGACAUCCCUCUCCUCAUGAAAAAAGUUGGAACUCCCUUUCCACUCCCACACACUCGCCACUGUGUUACUCGCACUCCGGCCCAACCUGCAUCCUCGGACAAUUCAAAUGCCAACUACCAAGCCACAGUAUACGGAGGAACAGUCGAAGAUUUUGAUUACGACGCGUACUCGGAGAUGGUUUUUAAGAGGUUCGAGAAAUUUGGAGCUUUCGCUGCUAAGUUAGCGGAGGUUGAGGCGACUGAUGAGGAGUGGAACCAGGAUAUGGCAAAUUACUUGGACGUUAGUGAGAAGGCGAGGAGGAUUGUUGUGGUGGAGGAACCGGUUGUUAGUCACCGGCCUGAGGCUUAG